AUGUCCAGCAACAAAUCCUCUUCCAACAGCGGCUCCAACUCCGGAUCUACCGGCAGCAGCGGAGGUAGUGGCGGUGGUUACACCAUCACGAGCACCGGCACCAACAGCCAAGGCAAUCACUACUGCCACCGCGACUUCGGCUCCAGCGCCGCGAACUCCAAUUCAUACCACUACUCAAACACCGAUGGGUCUUACUACUAUUCCAACUCGGAUGGGUCUACGUAUCAUAACAAUGGAAAGGGAGGCUCUACGUAUACGCGGCCUAAUUAG